UAUAAUAAUAUAAUUUUCUGACAAUCUAGGAUUCUUCCUGUCUGGCUUCCUUUAAGAAUUCCGUUUUUCUAAUCCCUUCUCUUCCCACUAAAUAAAAACCGGUCACUCUUCCUACUCCCUAAUCUCUUUCCCCAACGUACCAUUUUCGGAAAAAUAAUUACAAGUGAAAAAAAAAAAAAUCCACAAAUGGGGUCUCCCUCAUCAGAGACUUCAAUACCGUCCCAUCUCCAAAUGGUGAUCCAGGAGCUGAUCCACGGCUGUGAUCUUGCAACCGAGCUCCAAAUCCUCCUUAGAGAGCCUGUUGGCGAUCAUCGUUUGAAUUCGGGGGAGAUCCUCGUCGAGAAAAUCAUGCAAUCUUUCGUGGAUGCGCUCUCGAUAUUGAAUUCUGGUGGGACUGAUGAAGGUCAUCAGAAUCCCGCGGCUACUCAUCUUUGUUCCUUGCGUUCCAAUGACAGUAUAAUCAAAGAUUCCGGCAAGAGUGUGAAGUUUCUGGCGGCCAAGGUUGGAAGAGUUGGAAGAGGAGGGUACAAGAGAAGCAAAAGAUCUUCAGAGACAAUAAGAAGGUUUUUAGCUACACAAAUGGACGAAGAUGGUCAUGUUUGGAGAAAAUAUGGGCAAAAGGAUAUCAUGGGUGCCAAAUUUCCUAGGAGCUAUUUUAGAUGCACUCAUAGGUAUGAUCAAGGGUGCCGCGCAACUAAACAAGUUCAAAGAUCUGAAGAUGACUCGUCACUGUUCGUCAUCACAUAUGUGGGCCACCACACAUGCAAAGAUGUAUUGAUGUCCUCUCAAUUCAUCUUGGAUUAUAGUCCUAGAGAGCCACACAUGCUCAAUUUUGAGUCAACCAUCAUAAGUAAUGAAGAUACACCGAACGAUCUUGACCAAUCAAAUUUCUUGUUGACAUAUAGUAUACCGUCGGAUCUGGUGAUGCUUGAGGCAAAUGGGCACAUGACUGAGUUCUCAAUGACACCAUUGGAACCCUCCAACUCUUGUACUGGUUCUCACACAUUGGACAUGGAUGCAAUGGUGAAUUCAGUUGAAUUUAGUGAUGUGUUGCAGUAGGAUGAAGGGAAUGCUAGUAGAACGAUUGCAAAGUGAUAGGAAGCUUAAAGUUCUUUUUGUAUCAUUUAUAUUUCUACUAUUCCGAGAAAGAAAUGGUGCGAAGAGAUUUGUACUAACAAAUGAGCAUGAUUAAUAGAAGAUAGGUGUAAAUCUAGCAAAAAUUCCAAAAUGAGAAUCUUUAAAUUCUUGCUUUAAA